UUUUUCCUUAAACUGUAUCGACUCCAAAUACAUGCACAAGUGUACCAAGAAAUUUAAUCCAUGCCAUUAUGUACAAAUUUUAACUUUCCUGUUAUAGGAGUGGCACCAUGUUUACUGCAGUUGGUUGGCCUUCUUGUGACUCCUGAAUCCCCUAGAUGGCUGGCAAGGUUUGGAUACCCAGGUGCAUUUGAGGCAGAGUUGCAGAAGCUAAGGGGAAAGGGGGCUGAUAUAUCUGAGGAAGCUGAAGAAAUUAAAGAUUUUACAGAAAAGCUUCAGCAUUUACCAAAGUCAAAGGUUUUGGACCUGUUUCAGAAGGAUUAUAUUCAUGCUGUUACAGUUGGAGUCGGGCUAAUGGUCCUUCAACAGUUUGGGGGAGUGAAUGCCAUUUGCUUCUAUGCUAGUGACAUAUUUGUUUCAGCUGGUAAUGAAUGA